UAGAGGGGGCGGGGCCGGCGCCAGGUAAACAUGGAUCCCGUGCUGUACGUCCUGGCCGCCGUCAUCAUCACCGUCUUAAUCUUCUUCGUCUCGCAGUUCCGACGGCAGUUGAAGAAAGCAGAUCAGAAUCAACAACAAAAUGUGGCAGCUGCUGUUGGAAGACCACGGCCUCUUAAUGAAGAUCGGGCAGCAGGUGCUCCCAGGAUACGGCGCAACCUUCGAUACAGGGUGAUGGCUCGGAGAUUGCAAGAAGCUGAACAGGAAGCAGAAGUUGAUGAAGGGGAUGCAGAAAAAGUCGAUUCUGAAUUUCAUGCACAGGGCAAAAUUGGAGCGAAGAAGCAGCGGAAAUUGGAUGAAAAAGAACAACGUAAAACACAAAGAGAGGCUGAAGAAGCAGACAGAGAUGAACGCCGAAAAUUGCAGCAUCAGCGAGAUGAAGACAGGAAGAAAGAUGAGGAACGGCUUCGACUUGAAGAGCAGAGGAAGGAAGAAGAAUUUAAAAAAGCAUGGGAAGAAAAGCAGCACAGAGAACACGAAGAAUACUUGAAGUUGAAAGAAGCAUUUGUCAUUGAAGAGGAAGGAAUUGAUGCCGAGGAAACCGAGGAAGAGUCUGAAAACCUUUUGGAAUUGUUCAUCACCUACAUCAAGAAAAAUAAAGUUGUUCUUUUGGAAGAUCUUGCCUCUCAUUUUGGCUUGAGGACACAGGAUGCUAUCAGCAGGCUCCAAGAGUUAAUUGCUGAAGGAUCUCUAACAGGUGUUCUCGAUGAUCGUGGGAAAUUCAUAUACAUCACUGAACAGGAACUUGCUGCCGUGGCUCAAUUUAUUAAGCAGCAAGGCCGUGUUUCCAUUGUGGAUCUGGCACGGGCCAGCAACUCUCUCAUUAACCUUAACCCAGACUCGAGAACUAUUCCUGAAUCUGUGGCCUAGCACUCGCUGACUUAUUUAAGCAAAAAUAAAGUUGCAAAAUACAAAUUUUUAAUUAUAGCAAAUUUUGUGUCACAUUUUUGUUUUACUAUAUCUUCCUUAUUUGUUUACAAGGCAACAAUUUUGCCACAUGUCCACGCUCUGUAUGAGAGAAGCCUGUCAUUUGUUCUCUAGAUAAUGUGCAGGGGGGUUUUCCAGUUACUUUUGCUGACCUGUAGCUUAACUUAAUAUCUGUUUACCAUUCUUACUUUACAUUAAACAUUGCUCCACAAAUGAGAACUGCCAAUUCAUUACAUGCAUAGAUAAACAAGCUUUUGAGAUCUGAUCCUAGAUAUAUGAUUCUAAGUGGCAAUUUUUUUUUUUAGCAUCAACUAGCAGGCCAGUGUGGAAUUGUUAAAAGUACAGCAAAAUGCAAAGAGCUGGAGGACCUUGUUAUAUCAGGCAGCAUCUGGAGAGGGAAUGGACAGGUGAUGUUUCGGGUCAGGACUCUUCUUCUGACCGAUUGUUAAAAUUAGCUUUGCAGUAUUAACAAAACUCAGAAAACUAUCAUUUGCAGAAGUAAAUGGUUGACUAAAACUUGAAAUCUCUAUCAGGUUUGCAACAUUUAGGAAUGGAAGGCUGCUUCUAAAGUGAACAGCCACUGUGCUGCCGCAAUUCUUGGCAUUUGACUUAUUGUUCUUACCUGUAUAUGUGAGUUUUUGUGAAGUUAAUAGUUUUAAUUGACUACAGGGGUAUGACAGCGUUGCUCUGCAGAUAAACUGUGGGAUGUGGGUUGAAUAUCUGAAAUUGCUAUGCAUAAAAUGGUGACCUUUCAUCAGUGCGUAUAUGUAUUUGGGGUAGCCAAUCUUUAUGGAUUAUGGAUCUUAAUUUGCAUUAUUUUCAGGUACACAGGCCAUAUUUGUAUCAAAAGUAUGUUUCGCACCAAAUAUCAGUUAUUAUGAAAAGUAAGAUUAACCUGAAGAAAAGUGAACACCAUUCAUGACAUUUGAUUAUGAAUAGUUAUCAAAGUUUAUUUUGAAAAGCAGGCUGUAGAUACUUAAAAAAAAUAAAAAAAUUAUCAAUUGCCA